AUGAACUCGCUACGCUCUUCCAAACGCAGAAUAUACCUAGCUGUCCUGAUUGUUAACGCGUCUGCCGCGUUGAUAUUCCUUCACGCCUGGUACCGCGUUGAUCCCGCCACCCCUUCCCCCUUCCAAUAUGCACAAGCUCUUGAGCGCUCGUCGUCGGUGGCCAACGCCAGCUCUCAAUGGGCCCCUCUGGCUCUAUCGAGUUGUUCAUUUGCUAUGCCGGAGCACUAUGCGCCCUGUCUUGCCAAGAAAAUGUCGCAUGUCAUCCACUCAGAGGAGCUUUUGUACCCUGACUUCGAGCUGCGCCAGCCUUAUUUUGCGACAGACAGCCAGCGCGAUGUGUGGCAGAAAUUCGCCCAAAAUGAUCCUGAAUACCGCGAUCGGGCCCAUCUUGUCGAAGGCUGGGUCAGAUACAGUGGGCAGUCGGGACAAAAUUAUGUUUUUCACGACGUACAAUAUACCCGUAGUUUCGGCCCGGACAUAUGGUCAGACAGAGCAUGCAUGUCCAAAGGUGUCAGCACGACAUCCAUUGAGCCGCUCGCUGCAGACAAGAUGGCCAAAGCAUUCCCAAAUGCCCUUAUUGCGCUUUCUCCCGACGCCAACUCGUUCCAACACUUUCUGGACCGUGUAACGCACAUCGUAGUCCAAGGUUCCCAUCUCUACCAAGAAAUGCGGGGAAACGUGGCCGUCCUAACCGGUCAAGUUGGCUCCAAAACAGUCCAGGAGCUAUGGAAGCGUAUGGGAUUUCCUGAAAAUCAUGUCGUCCAUCAACACAAGUCGAUUGCUGCCAGGCGGCUCAUCUUCUCAUGCCGAGCAGUUUUGGUACAUCCGUGGCCGUCCCUACGGUUACUCGAAGUUCUUGGCGUCCCAGACCGGCAUUCGACAUCCGUCCAGCGCAAGAAGGUGCUCUAUAUGUCGCGCUCCGCUGGGCAGGCCUCAAAUGGACGAUGGGUCAUCAACGAGGAAGCGGUUCUGGCCACCAUCAAGUCCGUCCUCGAAGAGCGCAAUUUGGGGGAAGAAAUGGUCAUAUUCAAUGCGGACUCAUUCCAUACUGUCGACGAGCUCUUUUCGUAUGUCUCGCAAAACGCGCUCGCCAUCGUCGGCCCACAUGGCGGAGCAAUGAUAAACCACCGAUGGGCACAGAAAGACACCUUCAUUCUCGAGUUCAUGACCGAGAACCGGAUUGCCAUGAUGAUUCACGAGGAAGCGUCGUUGCUUUCGCAGACGUAUGCCGCAAUCGUGGUCCCGCCACCGAGGCACGACAGUUUCGACCUGGAGAUCAACGUCCAGCAUGUCGCGGACCUGUUGCGCAGGCACCUCGGCGUGAAGGGGGAGGAUCCCUUGCGGAAAAGCUACCCUUGGAAAGUGCCAGAGUUGGACUAG